UAGGAGUAUGGCGAAGUUGGCGGCCAUUAUGGCUAAUGGUGGACAACCCCUUGAUGUUAAUUCUAAUAAUGGAGAAACUUCAUCGAAUAAUACGUUUCAUGAACCACAACUACUCUCUCCUUCAACCUAUUCACUGAUUACUACGCGUCUACCAACGACUUUUGAUCAAGUUCUUCAAGAGAACAUCACAGCGACGAUCGGAGGGUUCGGAUACUUUCGAUUAGAAGGAUUUGAGGACAUGGAAUUCAUAGGAUGGGGUGGAUCUGGGGGAAGUUUGCUUUUGUGGAAUCCAGAAUUGAAAGUUGGCUUCGGGUAUUGUAUGAAUGCAUUCCACACUGCAUUGUUGGGAGAUAAGAGAAGUUUAAAAAUGUUGAAAGAAGUAGUGGAUUAUUGGUUAGUAGCGGAGACACAGCAAACUGUUCGGUGGAAGUUCAGUGGUUCGGGUGCGCAACAAUUUUCUAUAUAUCUAAGUAACGAUAAUUAUAAAUUAUCUCCUCAAGCGCUUGCUAGUAACGUUAUAGUUACUGAUGAAAGUAGAAAUGUCAUAGUCAGUCUGAAUCCUCAGUAUUAUAAUGACAAAGGGUUCUAUCUUAUCUUCACCAGUGUCGCAAAUAUAUCAGAUAUUUAUGCAAGAUCGGAGAAUUUCGAAGUCAAACAAAAUGGGUCUGCACCCGCGGAAUACGUACCACCAACUACUACCUCCCAGUCACCAACAUCAACAGGAACCAAAAAAUCAGGAGCAAAUAUCAAUUUCGAUAUUCAAAAUAUCUAUUUGUUGAUGUUAUGUGGUUUUGUUGCCUAUAUGUUGGUCACUCGCAAUUAA